AUGAAGCCCGUCUUCGCGACUUACCUGAUCUGCAGUCUGGCUGCGAAGGCGAUUGCUGCAAGUCUGACCAAGUCUUCUCAAAUCAUUCCAUCGUCUUCUCUUUCUACUGCCCUCCCUUCCACUUCGAGUGAUGUCUCGUCGGCAUGCUCUGGCAAUACGGCAACCACGCGCAGUGAAUGGUGCGACUACGAUAUCAACACCGACUACACAACCACCGUUCCCCAAACAAAUGUCACUCGCGAGUAUUACUUCAACUUGGAACACUUGACAGUUGCGCCUGACGGCCGCUCGAGGUCCGCCAUUGCUAUCAACGGAUCCAUCCCCGGUCCCACCAUUGAAGCCAACUGGGGAGACGAGGUUGUCGUCCAUCUUACCAAUAGCCUUCCCGACUCCCUGCAAAACGGGACGAGUAUACACUUCCAUGGCAUUCGUCAAUUUUGGACAAACCAAAACGAUGGGGUUGUCUCCAUCACUCAGUGCCCUCUUGCGCCUAACAAUACAAUCACCUAUAAGUGGCGUGCGAUGCAGUACGGCACAACUUGGUACCAUUCUCACAUUGGGUUGCAAGCCUGGGAAGGCCUUUUUGGUGGCAUUAUCAUCCACGGGCCUGCUAGUGCAAACUAUGAUGAGGACAAGGGCGUAAUUAUCAUGAAUGACUGGGAUCUCAACACUGUGGACCAGCUGUUCAUGUCAGCCCAGACGGACGGUCCCCCAACUCUUGAUUCUGGUUUGAUCAAUGGAACCAACGUCUUCGGAUACGAUGGUAAUCUCAAUCAGACUGGCACCCGUUUCAAUACCUCCUUCACGGCGGGAACUUCGUACAGACUUCGUUUAGUCAAUGCGGCUUGCGAUACGCACUACAAGUUCUCGAUUGACAAUCACACCAUGACCGUUAUUGCGAAUGACCUUGUUCCCAUUGAGCCAUACAAGACAACUGUGCUGAAUAUUGCUAUGGGACAACGAUACGACGUCAUUGUCAAAGCAGACCAGGUCUCGGUGGCCAAGAAUUUCUGGCUCCGAACCAUUCCCCAAAAUGCCUGCUCGGAGAACGCGAAUCCCAAGAACAUCAAAGGCAUUGUGUACUACGGGGACUCUCCCUCAACCCCCUCCACGAUAGGCUACAGCUACACAGAUAGCUGUGACGAUGAGGCGAUGUCCGAUCUAGUCCCGAUAGUCAGCGAGACUGUCUCUAAUGCAUUCUACAACAAGUCGGAGCCUGUCUCACUAGGCAAGAACGGGGGUAGUCUUUACCGCUGGAAGCUCAACUCGACCUCCAUGCACGUCGAUUGGGAAGACCCAACGCUUCUGGAAGUCUACCGUGGCCACCACAGCUGGGCGAAUGUCAGUGGCGUUGUUGAGCUUCCCCAAAAAAGCAAAUGGACUUAUAUUGUCAUCGAGACGACAAUGUCCGUGCCACACCCGAUCCAUCUGCACGGUCAUGACUUCAUCAUCAUUUCUCAAGGGUCGGGAACGUACUCAGGUGACGGCACCACGCUAAGCAAUCCCCCCAAGCGAGACACUGCUAUGUUACCGGAGAAUGGACACCUGGUCAUUGCUUUCAAGACGGAUAAUCCCGGUGCAUGGUUAAUGCAUUGCCAUAUUGGGUGGCACACCGAAGAAGGAUUCGCUAUCCAAUUCGUGGAACGGUAUAAUGAGAUCAAGCCAUUGAUCAACUACGACAAUCUCCACAGCAACUGCGAAAACUGGAGUGCGUUCCAGAAUGAAUUGAGUGUGGAGGAGGACGACUCGGGAGUUUAA